AUGAUCACAAAUAUGCCUAGCCAAGAACAUGGCAACCACGAAACUGGUAAAUUUAUAUCUGAAUUUCAAGGAACCAAACCUACCGAAUUUGAAGAGGUAGAAGUUUUUAGGGCAAUUGCCCAAGAAUACUUCCCUGAAGAACCCAAUGAAGAGUUAGAAAUAAUUUGGGAAUGUGAAAUAGAUAAAGAACUCACCACCAGUGAAAUAGAGUGUGAAAGGUACUUUCAGGACCUUUUGAUCGAACUGGCUAUAGAAGCCGAAAUAGAAAUAACAUGGUCUACCCGGAAUGGAUACCAACAUGAGUUUCUAAAUCAUAAUACUCCAGAAAACUAUCAACACUCUAUAACAUGGAAUGAAGCCUAA